AUGGUUGAAUUGAUGUGCAAUGGAACUUUUGAAGAUAAAGAUCCUGAUGAAGCAAUGGAGUACUUAGACUUGUUAGCUGAAAAUGCUCAAAAUUGGGACACCGCGGGUACUUAUAAGGCACCGGGUAAAACUCAACCUCAUAUAUCUAGUGGAGGUAUGUACAACCUUAAGGAAGAUUAUGACCUUCGAGCCAAGUUUGCAUAUUUAGCUAGAAAGGUCGAGGCACUAGAAUUGAAAAAGAGUGGUCAAAUAAAAUCUAUUGAAAACAUUGUGUGUCAAAUCUGUGAAACAAAUGAACACUCAACUAACGAUUGUCCAACCUUGCCUUCUUUUAAGGAAUGUCUCCAUGAACAAGCCCAUGCUUUAAACAGUUUCCAAAGGGCCAACCACAACCCAUACUCCCAAACAUACAACCCUGGUUGGAGAAAUCACCCAAAUUUCAGUUGGAAGAGUGAGAACAACAAUGCACAAACUUCACAACCACCGUUUCAAGCACACCACAAUUUCCAAAAUUCUCAUGGAUAUGCACCUCCUUAUGCUCCACCUCCUAGAAGAAAUCUUAAGGAAACAUUGCUUGCAUUCAUUGAAAAGCAAGAGACAAUCAAUACUCAACUUACUCAAAACAUGACAGAUUUUAAAGAUACUCUUGCUAAAUUAACAUCUGCUCUCAGUUUCCAAGAGAAAGGUAAGUUUCCAUCUCAAACACAACAAAAUCCCAAGGGGCAAUACAAUGCAAAUGCAAGUAGUUCCGGAAGCCAACACAUGGAUAAAGUCAAAUCAGUCACUACUCUUCGCAGUGGUAAGGUUAUUGAAAAACCCUCUCUUGAACCUUAUGAGAAAGAUGAUGAGUCAAUAUCUGAGGAUGCUAUUAAACAGGUUCCUUCCUAUGCUAAAUUUUUGAAAGAUCUAUGCACUGUAAAGAGAAAACUGAAUGUGAAAAAGAAAGCUUUUCUAGCCGAACAAGUAGUUUUGUUUUAUAAUUCUCAACUCUAUGCAUUCCCUAGAGAGCUAAGAUCAAGAUGGAGCAAUCCUUAUGGGGCCUUUGAUAUUGAGAAUUCAAUGAAUGACAAUGUUUUUAAGAAUGCGAUUACAAAAAUUUACCGUGCUAGAUGUGCAAGAUUGAGAUUGUUAAUGAAUCAUGGAAUUCCUGAAGAUAUUCGCUGGUUGAUUGAAGCAAUGGUCCAAUUAUCACGAAUGGUAUCUAUAAACCGUGAAGAUAAAAUACAAUUCAUUAAGGAUGGCCUGAGUAAGGAGUCUUUAGAUAAUCUUCUAUUGACUCUUGAGACGCAUCCUAGUGGAGAUGUGCAUUGUGCAAUUCAUGAUUUAUGGCCACUAUUUCAUAAAGAACAUGAUCGACUUAGUCUUGGGAAUCUGACUAAAAAAGACCCUGUUUGCCAGUUUUUAAGAAAACUAGAUGGGAAGCCUAUCCUCGACCCAUAG